UCCGGCUCCGCCCCGUUUUCCCGCACCUCGCCCCUCCCCCCGCCGCGUCCCGCAGCCCCGCGGCCGCGCUGCAGAGUCGGGCUCUUUCGGUUCAGGCUUGUGUAGAGCAAGGUGGAGAGAUUGGACUUUGCAGUGGCAGCAGCAUCUCUGCCGUUUGGGACCUGGAGGAGGGCGUCCCCAUCCCGGGGGGAGCAGCGGAUCCGCCCUGACCUAGCCCGGCCCUGCCUAGCCCAGCCUGGCCUGAGCGCCCCGCCCAGGAGCCGGCUCUGAGGCAGGGGCCGCUGAGGUCAGGGAGCCACCAUGGACAAGAUCCUGGAGGCGGUGGUGACAUCGUCGUACCCAGCAAGUGUGAAGCAAGGAUUGGUGCGGCGCGUGCUAGAGGCAGCGCGGCAGCCGCUGGAGCGAGAGCAGUGCCUGGCGCUGCUGACGCUGGGCGCACGCCUCUACGUGGGUGGCACCGAGGAGCUGCCGCGUCGCGUGGGCUGCCAGCUGCUGCACGUGGCUGGCCGCCACCACCCCGAAGUCUUCGCUGAGUUCUUCAACGCGCGCCGCGUGCUGCGUCUGUUGCAGAGUGGCGCCGGCCCCCCGGGCGCCCGCGCUCUCGCCUGCGUGCAGUUGGGUUUGCAGCUGUUGCCCGAGGGACCCGCGGCGGAUGAGGUGUUCGCGCUGCUGCGUCGCGAGGUGCUGCGCACGGUGUGCGAACGCCCGGGGCCCGCAUCCUGCGCGCAGGUGGCGCGGUUGCUGGCGCGACAUCCGCGCUGCGUGCCCGAUGGACCGCACCGCCUCCUCUUCUGCCAGCAGUUGGUGCGCUGCCUCGGCCGCUUCCGCUGCCCGGCCGAGGGCGAAGAGGGCGCCGUGGAGUUCCUGGAGCAGGCCCAGCAGGUGAGCGGGCUCUUGGCGCAGCUAUGGCGCGCGCAGCCCGCAGCCAUCCUACCCUGCCUCAAGGAGCUGUUCGCAGUCAUCUCCUGCACAGAGGAGGAGCCGCCAUCUAGUGCCCUGGCCAGCGUGGUCCAGCACCUUCCAUUGGAACUCAUGGAUGGCGUCGUCCGGAACCUCAGCAAUGAUGACAGCGUGACAGAUUCUCAGAUGCUGACCGCCAUUAGCAGGAUGAUCGACUGGGUGUCCUGGCCCCUGGGGAAGAACAUUGACAAGUGGAUCAUUGCAUUGCUGAAGGGCCUGGCCGCUGUUAAGAAGUUCAGCAUCUUGAUCGAGGUUUCGCUCGCCAAAAUUGAGAAGGUCUUCUCCAAGUUGCUGUACCCCAUUGUCCGUGGAGCCGCCUUGUCUGUCCUCAAGUACAUGCUCUUGACUUUCCAGCACUCACAUGAGGCCUUCCACCUGCUCCUUCCUCACAUUCCCCCCAUGGUGGCCUCUCUGCUCAAGGAGGACUCGAACUCGGGGACCAGCUGCCUGGAGCAGCUGGCAGAGCUGGUCCACUGCAUGGUGUUCCGGUUCCCAGGCUUCCCGGACCUGUAUGAGCCCGUCAUGGAGGCCAUCAAGGACCUCCAUGUUCCCAACGAAGACCGCAUCAAGCAGCUGCUGGGGCAGGAUGCCUGGACUUCACAGAAGAGCGAGCUGGCUGGCUUCUACCCCCGGCUCGUGGCCAAGUCAGACACGGGCAAGAUUGGUUUAAUCAAUCUGGGCAACACAUGCUACGUGAACAGCAUCCUUCAGGCCUUGUUUAUGGCUUCCGACUUCAGACACUGCGUGCUCCGUUUGACUGAGAACAACUCACAGCCCUUGAUGACCAAGCUGCAGUGGCUCUUUGCCUUCCUAGAGCACAGCCAGCGGCCUGCCAUUUCCCCAGAGAACUUCCUCUCUGCUUCUUGGACACCCUGGUUCAGCCCCGGCACCCAGCAGGACUGCUCAGAGUACCUGAAGUACCUGCUGGAUCGGCUGCACGAGGAGGAGAAAACCGGGGCAAGGAUCUGCCAAAAGCUCAAGCAGUCCACCUUGCCCUCCCCGCCUGAGGAGCCCCCUAGCCCAAGUUCAACCUCAGUGGAGAAAAUGUUCGGAGGCAAGAUUGUGACUCGGAUACGCUGUCUUCGCUGCCUCCAUGUCUCCUCCAGGGAGGAGGCCUUCACUGACCUCUCCCUUGCCUUUCCUCCUGCUGAGCGCUGUCGCCGCCGCCGCCUAGGCUCAGUGAUGCUCCCUACAGAGGAGGUCCGAGCCCGGGACCUCCCACCACAACCCCGAUUCCAGAUCCCAAGCCAGGAGGGUCCUCGGAGGCAAAGGAAACAUUGCAUCACAGGGGACGCCCCUCCCACCAUCCUGGACAUUGCCAGCCUGGGCUCCCCGGGGCCUGUGGGGCAAAGCAGUCAGGAAGAACAGGUGGAGAGGGAGGAGGAGCCAGCAGAGGAGGAGGAGAAAGAAGUGGGAAAGGAAGAGGAGGACGAGGAAAGGAUGAGGGAGAAGGAGGAAGAGAAGGAGAAACAGGUGGAGAAGGAGGAAGAGAAGGAGAAACAGGUGGAGAAGGAGGAAGAGAAGGAGAAACAGGUGGAGAAGGAGGAAGAGAAGGUGCAGAAGGAGGAAGAGAAGGUGGAGAAGGAGGAAGAGAAGGUGAAGGAGAAAGAGAAGGUGGAGAAGGAGGAAGAGAAGGUGGAAAAGGAGGAAGAGAAGGUGGAGAAGGAGGAAGAGAAGGUGGAGAAGGAGGAAGAGAAGGUGGAGAAGGAGGAAGAGAAGGUGGAGAAGGAGGAAGAGAAGGCAGUGAAGGAGGAAGAGAAGGCGGAGAAGGAGGAAGAGGACGUGGUGAAGGAGGAAGAGGAGGUGGAGAAGGAGAAGGCAGAGAAUGAGAAGGAGAAGGAUGAGGACAGCCAAGGACUCAGCACCCACAGAGAUGCCGCUCCCUCUGGGGAGCAGGUGUGUGGCCCUGAGGGCUCCCGCUCAGUCCUGGACCUGGUUAACUACUUCCUGUCUCCUGAAAGGCUGACAGCUGAGAACCGCUACUACUGCGAUUCAUGUGCCUCCCUGCAGGAUGCUGAGAAGGCAGUGGAGCUGAGCCAGGGGCCACGCUACCUCAUCCUGACACUGCUGCGCUUCUCCUUCGACCUGCGCACCAUGCGGCGCCGUAAGAUCCUGGAUGACGUCUCCAUACCCCUGCUGCUCCGCCUGCCACUGGCAGGUGGCCAGGGCCAGGCCUAUGACCUCUGCAGUGUCGUGGUACAUUCUGGCGUGUCCUCAGAGAGCGGCCACUACUACUGCUAUGCCCGAGAGGGGGCUGCUCGCCCACCCCCUUCUCUGGGAACUGCCGACAGGCCAGAGCCUGAGAACCAGUGGUACCUGUUUAACGACACUCGGGUGUCCUUCUCCUCCUUCGAGUCAGUCAGCAACGUCACCUCCUUCUUCCCUAAGGACACUGCCUAUGUGCUGUUUUAUCGGCAGCGGCCCGGAGAGGGGCCUGAGGCUGAGCCUGGCUCCCCCAGGGUGCGAGCGGAGCCCACCCUUCACAAGGACUUGAUGGAAGCCAUUUCCAAAGACAACAUCCUUUACCUGCAGGAGCAGGAGAAGGAGGCACGGAGCCGGACGGCCUACAUCUCUGCACUCCCUGCAUCUCCUCACUGGGGGCGGGGCUUUGACGAAGACAAGGAUGAGGAUGAAGGGUCUCCAGGGGGCUGCAACCCUGCAGGUGGCAAUGGUGGUGAUUUCCACAGACUUGUCUUCUAAUGUGAACUCUGCCCCCCAGCCUGCUUCUACCUGUGGGGGUACCACAGCCAACCUCAGGGGAGGCCUUGACCCCUUCCUUCUGGGAGCCAGGUGGGGAACCCAGGUCCCAGGCAGAGGGGCUCGGCAAGGUGGGGUCUGAGGCGGGCUGUGGAGGCAGACCUAGUCCUGAGGGUCUGGAGGGAGACCCUUCUAAGGCCAGGAAGGAUGGAGCAGGAACUUCUGGAACACUGGUCCUCAGCCUGAAGGGUAGGUGGAGACACUAUGAUAUGGAGGUGAGAUCCAAGCCUCUUACGCUGGGGCUCAGGCCCUGAUACUGGAAUCAGCCCCAUUAAGAUUUUACACCCAAGUGUCCUGGUCAACUUGAAGCAGCUUAGAUGGACACUCUCUGGGCUUUGCUCUUCCCGCUGCUCCCCUAGCAGGCAACUGGUACUGGAAUAUAUGAUUACGUUCCGGAAACAGAGGGCUGAAUAGCUCUAGUGUUCUGCCAUCAAGUAGCAUUUCCCUUCCAGCUCCUUUCAAAUACCUUUAUUGCUCUAUAGUAUAAAAUGCAGAGCAGGAUCCAAACCCCUGCACAAAGAAGGGGGCUGUGUGCCGCACCUCUGGCCUUCCUUUUGUUUUUCUGCCUCAAUCAUACCCAAAUGGCUGGGCCAAGAGACCCUGGGUCACAGAGGGGUUUUCAGAGGCAAACCGUGUGAGUGCCUGCAGCAGUGGUACCUUUCUGAGGGGAAUGUAGGUGAGAAGCAGCUUGUCACAGGAUCAGAGACUGAGAAUCGCCAUCUGGUCCCCCUCCCCUAUACCAAGCAAUGAUAGUAGAAGGGAGGAUAGCCCCCCUCAAAGUGGGAGGCCCUUAAUCCCAAACUUCCUCUCCCCUAGACUGCCUCAGUGCCUGAGAUGCCGCCAUUUGCGUUCUCCUUCUGGUUAAGAUAGAGAGUCCUUAUUUUACUGCAGAUGUAUUUGUGUUUAUCUUGAAGCCAUUGUCCAUUCUGAGGAAAGCUGGCUGGCUCAGCUUCUCUGGUCAGUUGGCCACACGAGUGGUGAGAGUAGGGUUGUGGACUGGAGUUGGGGCAUUGAUGUGGCCCCCUGAGAGGUGGGUGGGGGUGGGGUCAGUGAAGACCAGAUGUUAACUUCAUGUGCCCCAAUAACUGCUAUAGCCUCUUCUGAAUGGAGAGCAGACACCCAGGUUCUCCAACAGGAAUAAAAAUAAGUUCUCUGAA